UUAAUAGUAAUUAUAUGAUGAAACAUGUUACUAUUGAUAGUUUAAUGAAUAUACUUUUACGGGUUACUCAAACGGACAUGUAAUAUAUAUAUAUAUAUAUAUAUAUAUAUAUCAAAUAUAAACUAAUUGAACAAAUAUAUUAACACAAAUAUAUCAUAGAACAUUACAUUAACAUAAAUCGAAGCCACAGAGUAAGAGUCAAUAUUUUAAUUUUUUAAAUAUAACUAUAUAUAUAAAUUAUAAAAAUUAAGAACUAAAUAUAAUAAAAAUAUAUAUCAAAAUUAAAAUAAUAAAUAUUUACAUUUCUAAUGCGAAUAAUGAAAUUAACUUUUAAAUUUAAAUAAGCCAUAGACAAAACAUCAAAAAGCAUCUAAUAAUAUGUGAAUAACAAAAGUAAACUAACUAAAUAAACAAUUAUAUUUUUUCGCAAACGUAAAUCAUUAAUUUGUAAUAGACGUAUACACAUUAUUGAUGCUGAAUCUAUUUUAUUUUUAGUAUGCAUCCCCUCAAAUAUUAAUCCAUUAACAAGAUGGAAAUUUAGUUGGACUAAAAUUGUAUUAAAAUUGGAAUAUCAAUUUCUUAAUAUAUUCACAAUUCAUCUGAACAUUCAUGAAUACAUAUAUAUAUAUAUAUAUAUAUAUAUAUAUAUAUUACAAUACUCUAAAUAUAAUAAUAAAUCAAACCGGAUUACAUAUUGGCUCAUCCAUCAGUUCAACUGAUAACCAGAUCUCGGGUUUUAGCAGUUGUUACGGGUUUUAUAGAAUUUUUAAAUAACAGUUUUAAAAAAAAACUAAAAUGGAUUACAUAUGAACCACCGAAUUUGGAAAUUUAAUUGCGGGUUGGGUCGGGUUUCAAAACAUUGAAUAUAAUGUUUUAUUUGUAAUAUCUAAGUGUAAAUACAAUUAAAAUACAAAUUUAUAUCAAAUAAAUUUGGAAUGUUUCGAAAAUAAUCCCGCGCUUUGAAAGCGCGGGUCAAAAUCUAGUAGACUAUUAAAAUGGAUAUAUAUAUUUUCCCUUAACUAUUAAAAUGGAUAUUUGCAGAGAGAUAUUAUAGUAUUGUUGGAUAAUGAUCUCGGUUUUUAUAAUCAAAAAGAACGAUGAGUGGUCUAAGUUAACAAAAAAAGAGAGAAGCUACAUUGGUCAGAGAAUCAAAAUCCAGAUUAGUUUUGGAGAUAUUGUUGUCCUUUGAAUUUUAUGUAAGCAACGUGUAAUAAUCGUUUGCCUCAGAUUAGUGUCUUUUAGUGAGACUAGUCAGAUACUAGAGAGUAGAGACAAGUGAUGCUAAUUUCAUUCAGAGUUUGAUCAGUUAUCCCACGAUACAUGAUAUAAUAUAGAAAUUAACAAAACCAGGUCCAACUUGUGUGUCAAACAUGAAUAUCAGUUUGUUGAUCAUGUGAGAUACUUAUGUCAUCAAAUUAAAUAAUAUCUGGUUCUAAUCUGGAACAAUACAUAAAAAUAACAAUAGCUUCCAAAUAAAACCUUAUCCGGCCUCGACUCCAGAUCCCCAUUGAAGCAGUGCCAACAAGUUUCAAUGGUUUUUGCUCUUGGUUCCAAUUGCAGUUGAGUGUUUUGUUGUCACUGGAACGACCUUACAACAUUGUGAAGUUAACCGUCUUUCUGAUUUUGGAAGCGACAGACAGCCGACAAGUGGCUUUAGGUGGUCUAUACGGGCUUCAGCUUCCUCGGUGGCACUUCUCGAAUAAUCAUCAUAUCCCAGUGUCGCUGCUGGUCACUUAGGUGAUGUACUCCUAUAUCUAUACCAAACCCGAAAAGUCGAACCGAAAUUCGAACCAAAUUUUACAAAUAUCCGAACGAGAAUAAAUUUCAUACCUCCAAAAAAAUUGAGAUCCUAUAAAACCUGACUCGAAUUCGUCUGGACAUCCAAAUGUCCAUGCGUGUAAACGUUGUGAAGUUCACUUUCCCAUAAGCAUAUGCAUAUAGCCAUAUUUUACUCAGAAUUUAUUAAGGCUAACCCUCUGAGAGCUGCCGAGACUUCAUCAAACGACACAGUUUCACGAAGCAAUGACAUAAACUUACUCGCAGUGUUACUCAUCCCCAGAAAGCUAUGGAGAAUGCAAAUUUUAAGCCUUUUUAACACUGUUAACUUCAGACAAGGAGAAUCUUGCUGUCAAACGGAUACUCUGCUUCAGGGGGAGUCCUUGAAAGAUGGGCAAGAGCUGGUUUCAGCUUUCAACAUCUUCAAGCUCAAGUUCUUCAACUUCAAGAACUCGAGCAACUUGUAUCUUGGUGUUUGGUACAACAAUUUGUAUCUGAAUGAUAUCCAAGACAGACCCGUCUGGAUUGCUAACCGUGACAAUCCGAUUCCUAGACGCCCUGGAAGCCUCACGAUUGACUCUCUUGGUAGGCUGAAGAUUUUGAGAGGAGCAUCAAGCCUACUGCUUAACCUGAGUUCUACUGAAAGCACUGGAAACACUACCCUUAAGCUGUUGGAUUCUGGAAAUCUCCAGCUCACGGAGAUGGGUCCUGGUGGUUCCACGAGGGUUUUGUGGCAGAGCUUUGAUUAUCCGACUGAUACUCUUCUCCCUGGGAUGAAACUCGGUUUCAACGUCAAGACCAAGAAGAGAUGGGAGCUGAGAUCAGGGCUAAGUGAUACUUUACCAGCUUCUGGAUCUUUUGUCUUUGGGAUGGAUGCCAAUAUAUCAAACUUAUUGACCAUCUUGUGGCGUGGAGAAAGGUAUUGGGCAAGUGGGCUCUGGUUCAAAGGUCGUUUCUCCUUGGAGGCAUUCAACAACUACGAAUCGGUCUUCUCUUUUAACUCAACAGAGAGUGAACGCUACUUCGUGUUUUCAGUUGAUCGCCGCUAUCCUGAAACAGUGUUUCCCACGAUAACGAUAGACCAGCAUGGCGUUCUGCAUAUAAACAGGCUUGACAGAGAGCUAGCUCAUGUCCGUUGCUCUCCUUUCACUUUGAGUAAAGAGGUCAGUUCCAGGGAUCGGUAUAGACAAGAUUACAGCGGUCGGUAUGAGAAAGAGUACAGAGAUUGGUAUGAGAAAGAGAACAGAGAUCGGUAUAGGGACCAGUAUGAGAGAGAGUACAGUGAUCAGUAUGGGGGAAAACCCAGAGGUUGGUAUGAAAAAAAUUCCAGCGAUUGUUAUGGGAACAAAUCCAGGGAUUGUUUGCAGGCUGGUUGCACAGUCCCUGAUAUGGCACAUGGGUUACUGAACUGCAAUCCCUUUCGCUCUACCUAUUUCGAAGAGGCAGGACCAGCUUUACUAGGCAGUGGUUCUGUUGUUAAUGAGACCGGUGGAAGACUUAGUUCAGCUGAUUGCCAUGUUAUAUGUCUGCAGAACUGUUCUUGUGUUGCCUAUGCCUCAACUAAUGUGGAUGGUACGGGCUGCGAGAUAUGGACUGAUCCCUGCAAGCUGUGGUAUACUGAUCCUACCAACAACAGCUCGUCUUUUUCUCCUACUUCCAGAAGUAUAUACAUUCGUGAACAAGGUCCGACAUGUAUGGAAAGUGAUUCGGGAAAUUAUUUUCCGGGCUUUGGGGGAGACAGAGACAAUGGAAAUCCAGUAGUUUGGCUAAUUGUUGGAGCAUCACUCUUUCUAACCAUACUUGUGAUUGGUGUCAUCAUCUAUAAGUAUAAAGUAAAAGUAACUGAUAUAUUCCGCAAAACAUUCUACUUUUUACGUGGGAAAACCAUUCAACUUAGCAAGGCCGCUUUUUACUUUUCACGGGAGAAAAUCAUUCAACCAAGUAAGGCGGCGUUUAGCUAUCUAUGGAGGAAAAUCAUUCAACCAAUGAAUGGUUUCAUUGGGAGGAAGCUUCUAACACUGAGGUACGGUUCAGCAGUAGACCGCGAAUUGUUGCUGCGUGAACUGGGAAUUGAUAGGAGAGGCAGGCACAGGAGAAGUGCAAGGAAGAAUAAUAAUGAACUUAACAUUUUUAGCUUUGAGAGUGUAGCCUUGGCAACAGAUUACUUCUCUGAUGAGAACUUGCUUGGUGAAGGAGGUUUUGGUCCUGUCUAUAAGGGGAUGUUGAUGAGUGGGGAAGAAGUGGCGAUCAAGAGACUAUCAAUAGCAUCAGGGCAAGGACUAGUGGAGUUCAAGAACGAGGCCAUGCUUAUUGCAAAACUUCAACACACGAAUCUCGUGCAGUUGCUAGGAUGUUGCAUUGAGAAGGAUGAGAAAAUGUUGAUUUACGAGUACAUGCCUAACAAGGGCCUUGAUUACUUCCUCUUUGAUCCAUUGAGGAAAAAUGUUUUAGAUUGGAGGCUGAGGUUUAGGAUCAUGGAAGGGAUCAUUCAAGGGCUUUUGUACCUUCACAAGUACUCGAGAUUGAAAGUAAUACACAGAGACAUCAAAGCCAGUAACAUUUUGCUGGAUGAGGAUAUGAAUCCGAAGAUAUCGGAUUUUGGGAUGGCUCGGAUAUUUGGCGCCCAAGAAUCCAAAGCCAACACCAGAAGAGUUGCUGGAACAUUUGGCUAUAUGUGUCCUGAGUACUUCAGAGAAGGGCUAUUCUCGGCUAAAUCAGAUGUGUUCAGCUUCGGUGUUCUGAUGCUUGAAAUAAUUUGUGGAAGGAAGAACAAUAGCUUCCACCAUGACUCAGAAGGACCUCUCAAUCUCAUAGUUCAUGUGUGGAAUCUGUUUAAAGAGAACAGAGUUGGCGAGGUGAUAGAUUCUUCUUUGGGAGAUUCUGCACUUGAGAACCCUCAAGUGUUGAGAUGCUUUCAAGUUGCUCUCUUGUGUGUACAAGAAAAGCCAGAAGACAGACCAAGUAUGUUAGAUGUUGUGUCCAUGAUAUACGGCGACGGAAACAAUGCUCUUUCUUUGCCUAAAGAGCCAGCUUUCUAUGAUGGUCCCCGGAGAAGCUCACCAGAUACAGAGGUUGAGCAACCAGAAACGGAAAAUGCAUCAGUAAAUAGAGUUUCCAUCACGGUGAUGGAAGCAAGGUGAGCUGGUGAAACUAGAUUUACCAUGAUCGGUGUUGCAAUAAUUUAUUAAACUCGGUUAAUGUUUGUAAGCUUAGCUUGUAUCUUCUUCUAUGCACACACAAUAAUAAAUUGUAAUUAGUUAUUUGUUUUUUUUAACCAAACGAAAGGUGUUCAAACUAUAAACUCCUAUUCAUGGAUGGUUCUUGAUGACUGUCAUAUGGUUUGAAAAAAACAAGUACGUAUAGCAAAAUAUUGUUUGAAU